GAUUCCACCUUCUCUCUCCAACCGGGGUCCCCGUGAUGGCGUCCGCUGGCGCUGAGGAGACGGCGGCGGCCGCUUUGGCCGAGGCGGAGGCGGCUACGCUCACCUUGGAGAUCCUGCAAAUUAUAAAGGAGUCACAGCAACAGCAUGGGCUGCGUCAUGGAGACUACCAGCGCUACAGGGGCUACUGCUCUCGACGGCUCCGGAGGCUGAGAAAAGCUCUCAACUUCAAAAUGGGGAAUCGCCACAAGUACACUGGGCGCAAGGUCACUGUGGAGUUGCUCAAAGACCCGCGGUACCUGCUGCUGGAGCUGAUGAGUGCGGAGCGCGCGUGGAGCUAUGCCAUGCAGCUCAAGCAGGAGGCCAACACGGAGCCUCGCAAGCGCUUCCACUUGGUGUCGCGCCUGCGCAAGGCGGCCAAGCACGCCGAGGCGCUGGAGCGCCUGUGCGAGGGCAAACGCAUCGACGCCCGCACCAAGCUCGAGGCGCAGGCGUACGCUGCGUACAUGGCUGGCAUGCUGAGGUUUGAAAAGCAAGACUGGACGAAAGCCAUGGAGUCUUUUGGCAGCUGCAAGACCAUUUAUGAGAAGCUGGCCAGCGCCUUCUCAGACGAGCAGGCUGUGCUGUAUCGCCAGCGGGUCGAGGAGAUCUCCCCCAACCUGCGCUACUGCGCCUACAACAUCGGUGACCAGUCGGCGAUUGGGGAUUUGUUGCAAAUGCGCCUGAAAUCUGGUGACAGUAGCAGCAUGCUCACAGAAAAACUUGAGGUGCUGUUGGCUCAGAUGCGUGCCAAGCAGUCGACGAGCAUGAGCGAGGUGACGUGGUGCGGCCGCACGGUGCCCGUCAAGGUCGACCGCGUGCGCGUCUUCCUGCUCAGCCUCGAGGAGAGCGAGGCAGCCAUCGCACAGGCAGAGAAGGAGGACGGGAAGGAGCAGCUUUACGAGAGCCUGCUCAUCGAGUGUCGCGACGCCAUCCACGCCGUGCGGGAGGAGCUGAAGCUCGACCCGAAACAGCGAGAACGAGAAACGGAGGCAGGAAAGAACUCGAACCUGCAACACCUACAUAGCUACCUGACGUUCAUAAAGCUGAGCAACACGGUGGAGCGCAACGUGGUGAUGGCGCGCGCCCUGCGCCGCCGGCUCAGCCGAGGCGCCGUUGACGACGGCAGGAAGGCGCCGCGUCCCCAGGAGCUGAUCCGCCUCUACGAGCUCAUCCUGCAGAGCCUGAACGAGAUGCAGCUGCUGCCCGGCAUGGAGGCCGAUCCGGACCUGUGGCGAUCUCUCGAUAACAAGAAAUCGGCUUACAAGGCCUUCAGGUGCUACUUUAUAGCACAGUCGUACUUGGCGGCCAAGAAGUGGACGGAGGGGCUGGCGCUGUUUGAGCGCGUCCUCAAGUACGCGAGGGAGGCGCAGGCCGCCUGCGCCCAGAGCAACUGCCCCAAUAUGGAUCAGAAUGAACUGGAAGAGCUGAUCAACUCCAUAAACGCCGAGAAGUACUCGAUACAAGCGACAGCGAUACUCGACUCUGACGAUAUUGGCGAUCGCAUGGCGGCUUUGGAAGUUUCGGAUAACAAACCCUUGCUCGAGCGGCUGGACGUGUACCGCCUGGACCCGGCGCUCGUCAGCAAGCAGCCCAACCUGGUGACAUUCCCGCCCGAGUUCCAGCCCGUGCCCGUUAAGCCGCUGUUCUUCGACCUGGCGCUCAACCACGUGGCUCUGCCGCCGCUCGACGACAAGCUAGAGCAGAAGUCUCGCAGCGGCUUCACGGGCAUGAUCAAGGGCAUCUUCGGCUUCCGCAGCUGAACCAACUCUCCCGCCCCCUGACCCCGACCCCCCCAACCUUCCGCCACCCCCACCCCGCGCCCGCCACCCCCACCCUCUUCUCUCGCUCCUCACGUCCUCGCACCGGUCACGCACACUCUGCCCCGCACGCCACACACACAUCCACUCCCCGCUCUUUCGAUCCGUACCACUUGCGCGCGGCGUGGUUAAGGGAAUUCCCCCCCCCCCCCCCCAAAAAAAGCAAAUAGCUCUUAUGAAUACAAGGGCAGCCUGCCUGUCCCCUCAGGCAUUGUUAAUUUAGUCAGCGUUUUUAGUCCAUUUCACGACAAACGUGGGGAUUUGUCAGCGUUUUAUUUGUUUACUGAAUGAUGAAAUCCGUAGAGUAAGACUUAAAUAACAUUCUACAGGUGGUCAUCAACUAGACUGACUUUAGUUAAAGUGCUCACACAAUUCACACUAUCCACUUGUUGAGACGGCAAUUUUGUUUCGUAAAAAAUUAAAGGCCGGCUCAAUUCUGUGAAGAACAUUCUCGUGAAGAUAUCUCCGUACGUAUUUGUUGGGCAGCUGGUAGACACACGACCUCGGGAUGUAUCAGCAAGACGGGGGGGGGGGGGGGCGGCGUUUGUGCAUUAGGGUUGCGCCUUUAAACCAGCAGGCUCGUGCUCGGCAUACGCUUGUUCAUAUUAUUGAUUUAAACAAACUAAUGACUGUGUUGUUUUAGUCUCUAUUCGGUCGAUUAUAUGUCAUGCUGUUAAUGUCUCGGUGCAGAGCGAAAUGUUUUCUUCACGGAACUCGCACUAUUCAACCCUCUCCCAUUCCGAUGACGUACGUGUGCGUAUGCGUACGUCAUCGGUGUAUGUUAUACGCUUUUCUUCCGAUGACGUACACGUUUUUCUUACGAUUCCGGAAGACGUACCGAGGCUCCCCCCCCCCCCACCCCACAUGGCCACGCGGGAGGGCGUGUGGCACAGUUUGGCGCCAGCUAUCGUAGAGUGUGGUCGCGUCGCUACGGUUCUUUGCGGGUGAGUAGAAUGUCUUUAAAAACAAUGACGCUAUGCCUCUCUAAAUAAAAUGACCGUUAACGGGAAAGGGUUAACAAUGAGGGAGGUGUGUGCAUUACUGCUCUUCCCCCCCCCCCUUUUUUUGCUGAAUGCCCUCAAAGAUGGGCAAGGCCAAAUGUUGUACAACACAAUAUUAACGCAAUGCUUUUUUUAAUUUGGCGCGGCUCGUCUGUAAUUUUGUGGCUGGGCUUGCGUUGGGCAUGGGGUAGAGUGCACUCUUGGGUGCAAACGAGACCUUGGCGGCAGAGAUCGCAAACGGGUUUUGAUUCCUUACCCAUACCCAGCAGGGUACGGGUAUCCGUUCCCUACCCGUACCCGAACCGAAAUGAGUGGCAAACGGUUACUCACCAGUGACUCACGGCCUACCCGUACCCGACCGCACCAGGGUCGCAAACGGGUACCCGUACCUGGCCGGGUACGGGUAGCCGGGUAUCGGGUAGGAUACAGGUAUCGGGUACCCGGUUGCGACCUCUGCUUGGCGGAGGUUGUGGGGGGGGGGGGCUGUUGGGAAUGUGGGUAACAGGCAUCGACGCAGCGCGUUUUGGCGUUAUGAGACAGCUCAACUGCGAAGAUGCAACGUUUCGCGAGUUUCCUUUUAUACACAUUACUUUGCAAGUUUCACACAAAUUGAUGCCGGUAGAAUUUGGAAAACUUGUGAUACUCAUAUUAGUGACAUGGCUCUUUGGAAAUUUACCGAUUUGUAGAAUUGAACUUCACGCAGAAAUACUUCGAGGUUUAAGUCGUUUUUUUUAGGUUCACCCAACCAUAAAUUCGGUAUUCGUAGUACGCCAAUUGGCAGAUGGCUUGUGAUGGGGAAAAUAUUAUCGUACCUGUAUCUCCAUCGUCACGAGGGCCAAUAUGGAAGACUGCAACUUAAAUGAAGAAUCCCUUGUCUUUACAAUGUGGAUAAUCACACCAUUGAAUUAUGUGCAGCAUUGGGCCAGUUGUACCCCUUCAGGAGCCCCAAGUGAUCCCACUGGUGUCCCAUACUUGCAUGAACAACUUGGCCUGUUUAGCAGACCGCUGUUCCGCACUGAGAGUGGAACGGGCAGUGGCUUUAUAAACGUGCUUAAAGGAGUCUUGUGCUCAAGGCACAAUGAUGCUCGCCAGGCAUUACAAUCCCGGCUUUAUUUGCUCUCCGCGUUAUACCCGUCCAUAGUGGUAUGUAGUGCACCGUUGCUGCCUUAACGGGAAACGGAAAAUGUUUGCCAGUGUGGAAGGCUGAAAAUUGGUUCAGGAUCCGCGAAAGGACUGGACUCUGGAAACACAUGAACUGAGCUGUGUCAAAAAUCGUAACCUUGUGAUCAGGGUUGUUUUGAGUGAACCCACAGUGCGUGUGGGCAUAGCCAGGAUUGCAAAGCAAGUUUAUGUUUUGCGUCUCGUACACAAGGUCCGUGGUGGGCAUUGUGCAAGGACCGUUGGUCCUCAAGUAUCGUCUUCGUAUAGGUAGUGGCUGUUAGUGUUCGCUGUCAGAGGUAAUGUGCUGGCGUUGUUCAAUACAAGGACCAGUGACUUGCAUUGUCCCAAGUUGGAUGUACAAGAGCAUCAAGACUUUUAAGGUCUCUAUCUGCCAAGUUUCUGUUAUUGAUCAUGGUUGGCAGGUAGUAUGGGAGUCCAAAAUAACAGGUCACUGUGACUGUGGCAAACAAUGUGUGUCCGCUGCAGAUUGUCCUCAUUGGUGCACACUCACUACUCAACUAGGAAAUUCACUACGUAAGAUUAGACCCACACAACAAUCUUGUGAACAAAUCCUAGAGCCUGCAAGUGGCUGCGAAAAGAUGUUGACUCUACGACCUACUCUUGAGAAACUGGAUUUGUUUUAUUUUUGUAUUUGUGGGAUAAAUGUAAAUCGCUGCAGACCCCAUAAAAUAGAUCUCUCUCGUUUGUCUAGAUAGAAAAAUGCCAUAUUUUGAAAUGCAUUUAAUAAGGUUCAAGCAUGUCUCUGAUGAACGUGUUGUUGAUGCGAAUGGGGUCUUUCCUGUUAAUCUUCAGUACCUACAAAAACUUUCAAACAUGAAGAUUUUGAUUUUUUUUUGAGCAGGUUUAUUUGGCACGGAUUUGGGUAGUGUUUUAUUUCUGUUAGAAAUGUUCCUUUUAUCUUUGGAUUACUUUCAAAGUAAUGUAAAAUGGUACCUGCUUAAUCAAACAUCCGUCAAAACGGUUAUGAUUGGAACACAAGAAAAGAAGAUGCAUCAACAAAAAUUAAAAAGCAUAAAAAAAAGAAUUGUUAAUUUCUAAAUAUUAAACUUGUUUUAUGCAGCGUGAUUAAUUUUGAAAUAGUAUUUUAGAAUACUUAUUUUCCAGUCAAUAUGUUAAAGAUUGGGGGGGGGGACAUAAGAGGGGGAUUUAUGCCACGCUAAAAUAAUAGUCUUAAAUUUAUAAGUUUUGGAAAGUUUUUGCCUCUAAAAUACAAAGUCUUGAAAAUUGCUCGAGUAUUAUUGUGCAAAGCUGUAAUUCUGGGCGCAAUAAAAUGUUUCAGUA